AUGGUCAACUCCGACCCUCAGUACCCGCCUGGCGAACCUGCCCCUGAGAUUCUGGAGGAGCGCAUCUGGAUCGACGGCUGCUUCGACUUCUUCCACCACGGCCAUGCCGGAGCAAUCGUCCAGGCCCGCCAGCUGGGCAGCGAGUUGUACAUCGGCGUCCACUCGGACGAGGCCAUCCUCGAGAACAAGGGGCCGACGGUCAUGACCCUGCAAGAGCGUCUCGCUGCCGUUGACGCCUGUCGUUGGGUGACCAAGUCUGUCGGCCGGGCCCCCUAUGUGACGCAGCUGGAUUGGAUUAGCCACUACGGCUGCAAGUACGUCGUGCACGGCGACGACAUCACCUCGGACGGUGAUGGCGAGGAUUGCUACCGCUUCGUCAAGGCCGCGGGCCGCUUCAAGGUUGUCAAGCGCACCCCGAGCAUCUCGACGACUGACCUCGUCGGCCGCAUGUUGCUGUGCACAAAGACUCACUUCAUCAAGUCCCUUGAGAAGCGUCUGGCCGGCCAGGAGGGUCAGGGCACCAGCCAGGCCGAGAUUGAGGCCGAAGGGCGCGCCAUGUCGGAUCGCAUGAAGCUUUACGCGACCGACGAGACGGGCAAGAACCCUGGCGUCGACGUGUGGUUCUGGUCGGCGUCUGACGAGGCGCGGUCGGGGUCCACACUCGAGGAGAAGGGUGAGUUCAGGAAGUACUUGGAGGGCAAGGGUCCGAGACCGGGCCAGCGUGUCGUGUACGUCGAUGGUGGCUUCGACCUCUUCUCGAGCGGUCACAUCGAGUUCCUCCGCCGUGUGGUCGAGGCCGAGGAGGAGUUGGCCCGCCAGGAGGGAUGGUACUCGGAGCAAGCCGUCAACGAGCGCGUCGGCAAGGGGGGUGACUACCCGCCUGCUUACGUUGUUGCGGGAAUCCACGACGAUGAGGUGAUUAACCAGUGGAAGGGCAUCAACUACCCAAUCAUGAACAUUUAUGAGCGUGGUCUCUGCGUGCUGCAAUGCAGGCACGUCAACGCCGUCGUCUUUGGGGCUCCCUUCUCGCCAACCAAGGCAUACCUGACGUCUCUGCCGUGGGGCACACCGGAUGCCGUGUACCAUGGCCCUACGGCGUUCAUGCCGCUCACGUACGACCCAUACACGGGGCCCAAGGAGAUGGGCAUCAUGCGGCAGGUGGGCGAGCACGAGUUCUCGGGAGUUAACGCCGGGACUAUUGUGCAGCGCAUCAUGAAGAGCAGAGACAUGUACGAGGAGCGGCAGCGGAAGAAGGGCGUCAAGGCGGAAGGCGAGGCGGCGGCGCGGCAGCGGGAGAUUAUGGAGGAGGAGCAGGCCAAGCGGGAGGCGGAGAGGGCUGGCAAUUAA